CAGCGACCUCUUGUGAUGAUCCCUGGAGAACGUGUAGUGGGUGGAAGAUGUGCCAACCCUGGGGCAUGGCCAUGGCAGGUCAGUCUGCAGCGUCACUAUGAAUUGGGUAACACCAGAGAACAUAUCUGUGGAGGAUCCCUGAUAAACAAUCAGUGGGUAGUAAGUGCAGCCCACUGCUUUCACAAAGGCUUUCUGGAUUCUCCUGAAAAAUAUCGUAUUGUGCCUGGCAUUAAUAAACUUUCAGAAGCUAAAGAAGAUAGUCAAGUCCAAACAAUUAGAAAAAUCGUCAUGCAUGAAAAUUACUCUGAAGCCACUCAUGAGAAUGACAUUGCAUUAGUCAAACUAACAAAUCCCAUCACCUAUACGGACAAGAUUCGCUCUGUCUGCAUUCCAACCAUUGAACAGUCACAGGCAUUAAAAACAUGCUUUAUCAGCGGAUGGGGGAGACAUGUAGAAGGAGGUAAACUACCAGAUGAUUUAGAGGAAGGUGAAGUCAAUUUGUUUGACAUAACUACCUGUAAUGCAUGGUAUAUGGGACUACUGAAACAAGGUGUCAUUUGUGCUGGUCAAGAAGAUGGAAGUGUUGAUGCAUGUCAGGGAGACAGUGGUGGUCCGCUCUCCUGUUUUGAUUAUACUGACUUUAAAUUUUACAUUGUGGGAAUCAUCAGCUGGGGAUUAGGCUGUGGCAGACCACGUUUACCUGGAAUCUACACCAAUGUAGCACGUUAUAAAAGCUGGAUCGAAACCACAAUGGAAGCAAAAGAUGAACCAAAGAGUUUAGGCACCACAUGGAAUGCAUUCAGCUUGACCACAUUUGGACUGACAGCAAUGGCUGUGUUUCAUUUAGUGUGACUCAAGAACAAAAGCCCAAUUUUAAAUACAUGUAUUACUCUGAA